GCUGAUGGUAUAUAUACAGACCGUCUCAUCCAGAUCAAUAUCAGGACGAAAGUCUUACGAGCUCUGAGACAAACGUUUCAAAUCCAAAUUUAUUCCCUAAACAAGUCAAGUCAUGCUGGCGUCACGGACUUUGCUGUCUAAACAAACCCUGGCAGUUCUUUCUCGCCAGCCCGUCUGCUUUGUGCACCACGGUGACUAUGGCAACUGGGGGAACACCAACGUUGCAGUGGUGUUCUCGGGAUGUGGAUGGUGGGAUGGAACUGACAUCCACGAGGGAGUGUACACCAUGUACCACCUGAGCCGAAACGGCGCCCGCUUCGAGAUGUUUGCCCCCAAUCAGCAGCAGAUGCACGUGAUGGACCACAUCAAAAAGCAGCCUGCCUCCGGCGAGAACCGGAACAUGCUGACGGAGUCUGCCCGCUUCGCUCACGGCCAGGGAAAGAUGCAAAUGCAGGACCUGUCCAUGCUGGAUGUAAACAGCUUUGACGCCGUCAUCUUUCCUGGAGGCCAGGGAGUCACCAAGAAUCUAUCCUCUUUCAUGAAGGACGGCAAAGAUUGCAAGCUGCAUAGUGAUGUGGAAAGGGUGCUGAAAGAGUUCCACCGCUCCCGUAAGCCCAUUGGGCUGGCCAGCACGGCCCCUGUGCUGGCCUGCCGCGUGCUGCCCAGCAUCGAGGUGACCAUGGGCUAUGAGCGGGACGACAGCACCCGCUGGGGCAGCUGGCCGUACACCGGCAUGGUGCAGACUGUGAAGAGCAUGGGGGCUCGCCACAACGGGCACGAGCCCUACGAAGCCCAUGUGGAUGAGAAGAACAAAGUGGUUAGCACUCCAUCCUUCAUGUGGGAGACGGACUAUCACUAUCACUACAUUUUCGAUGGAAUUGGAAACAUGGUCAAACACGUCAUGCGUUUGUCCACCAAGUGAGAGGGAACUUUCAGCUGCCGAUGAAAACCCAGAAGCGCGUGCAAAGGCAACUCUGCAUUGCUGUGAAACCUUACCUGAAACUUUCUGUAGAAUAGAGCUGCUUUGAAUAAAGCAAACAUCUUAAGUUAAAUUCACGCCUCCUCAUUAUUACCGACACACAACAUGCUGCGUGUCAUGUGACACAUGUCAAAGAAGGGGCAAAUCAUCCAUGAAA